AUGUACUCCAAGAACCUCACGGUCACGGCUUGCAAAGAGCCCGUUCGCAAUAAAUCGAGCCGAUACGUUGCCAUUUCAAACUCAUUUUCCAUCGUCGCAUCCAUUUUCGUCAUACAACGCUUCGCCUACAAGUUCUGGGCAAAGAUGGAUUUCGGGUUAGACGAUCUGUUUACCCUAAUCGCGCUCCUUGUCAGCUUGCCCGCCACUUAUAUCAACGCUCACCCCCUGGUCUCCAACGGCAUCGGCCGUGAUACCUGGACCCUGACUCUGAAGCAGUUGAUUGCAUUCAUCAAACAUUUUUAUAUCUUGGAGAUUAUUUACUUUGCCGAAGUUUCUCUUAUGAAACUGGCCCUCUUGUUCUUCUACAUCCGCAUCUUUCCAACGACUAAGGUCCGCUGGCUGCUUUGGGGCACCGUUGUGGUCGUGUCCCUAUUUGGGUUGAUUUUUGUGUUCCUGGCAACUUUCCAGUGCACCCCCAUUGAGUAUUUCUGGUGGCAGUGGGCUUACGAUGGGAAGCAUCGUGGCAAGUGCAUCGACAUAAUGGGCAUUUGCUGGAGCAAUGCCGCUAUAAGUAUCUUACUGGAUCUAUGGAUGCUUGGUAUCCCGCUAUGGCAGCUGCGAAACCUGAAGCUCGAUAUGCGGAAGAAGAUUGGCGUUGGGAUGAUGUUUUGCGUAGGUAUUUUCGUCACCAUUGUCAGCAUGCUCCGGCUCGAAUCGCUGGUCCAGGCCGGUGCCAGCACCGUCAAUCCGACAUGGGAGUUUGUCGCGGCAGGCGUUUUGUCGACGGCAGAGAUCAACGUCGGCAUCAUUUGCAUCUGCAUGCCGUCGCUGCGACUGCUACUCGUAAGGCUGUUUCCCGCUUUGCGCAGCGUGUCGACACGGUACUACGGUAGAUCUACGAACGGACCGCAGCGAUCAGAGACUGCUGCGGGCCGUUCUGGGCUUCCGCGGGGGCCGAGCACGAGAUCGCACGCGGAGCGGUCGAAGAAGCAGAAGCCUCGGACAGGUGCCAACGAGGACCAGAUUACAUACCACACCUCGUACUCGGCCGAGUUUGGCGACAAGAGCGUCGACAGGUACAACGACGACGUGCAGCUGGUUCGCAUGGGCGAUGGAGAUAUGACGAGCGCGAGGUCGGCGAGUGGCGCUUCCAGCUACUCAUGA